AUGAACGGAAUUCCCAAAAAAGAAGAUACGACCCAAGCCAAAUUAACAAAGACUUGCUCCUUAUUUAGGGGUAGAGCUAAUGGGGCCAGGUAUGGGCUUACGUUUCAACAAAUUACGCAGGUUAACCAGGACAAGUUACCCAAUAAUUUGCAUCAUCAACAGCCAUCUCAGUUACUCAUUAUUUGCGAUACGCCCGGAUGA